UUUUUUUUUCUCUCUCUCUCUUUGUUUAUUAGAUGGAAUAUCGUAUAUCAAAAAGGCGAUUGACAUUAUUGAUCUUGAUCAUCAUUAUUUUGACUUGGUUUCUUGUUCUUUUACCAGCAACCAACAUAGUACCAUCACCAUUAUCGUUUCCCUGGUAUCAACAACCACAUCCUUCUUUUACAACCAAUAGUACGAGUUUUGUAUGGACCAAUGACAAUAAUAGAUCUUUAGAGGAUAUGCUCGCUUAUGCAAAACAAUAUACACAACACAUCUUACCACAACAGGAAGAUGGUAUUCCUGGAAGUGCUUUGACAACAAAGGAACAAGUCAUUUCGUUUCGUAACCUAGUACAGUGCUGGACACAACAAGGGAACUGGCAAUAUCAUUCUACAUCUUCAGUCUUACCUCAUUUUCAAGAUCCUCUUUAUGGAAGAUGUGAUCGACAAUGGCAGCGACAACACAAGGACAAUCCUUUUCUUCCACCUCGACCAGCUACUCAAUACCAAUGGCGACCUCCAGCUCAUUGUCCUUUAGUAUCUGAUACCAUUCAUACUACUGACUGGUGUGAUAUUUUACAUGGACGACAUAUGCUUCUAGUAGGUGACCUUGUUCAAUAUCAAUUACAUGAUCUUUUAUUGGAUGCUUUACGUGAAGGACCUACCGUUUGUUACGGUGAACUCAAUUGCAAAGAUCAUACUAUUUGCUCUAGACCUAGGAAAGCUAGAUUACGAUAUAUACGGAAUGAUAUCUUGUCGAAGCGAAAAAAAGUCAAUGUGGCCAAUGGACAACCCAAGGUGGAUGUGGUAGAAUGGCCAUUCCUUGGACCAUUAUCAGCUUUCAAGAUUGUUUUAUUGAAUCGAUCACCAGUCAUGGAGGAUGAUAUGACGUUUGUGCAACAGUUGGCAGCCACGAUGGUAGCUAUCCGGAAGAUUCAACCAUCGGCUCUCAUUUUAUAUAGAUCCUCGUUCAUUGGGCAUCCUUUCUGUGAUGAAGCGCAACAACCAUACCAACUUGGAACUACACAUCGACAACAAUUACCUUUUGGAUGGAGUGAAUAUCAACGACGUAACUUAUUGGCUCAAGCUGUAGUGGAACAAGCUGGUGGUGUAUAUCUGGAUAUGGCUUAUAGUUUGGAUCAACAACCUGAUGGACAUAUAGGUGGUUCGGAUUGUCUACGUUAUUGUAUGCCUGGACCUUUGGAUAGUUGGGCUUUAUUAUUUUAUAAUGUGUUUUUGGCUUUGGGUGUACCUUAUUAGGAACCAUGCGUUUUUCCCGUUAUUCGUUUACCCGCCAUGCAUCAUCUCCCCCUCUUUUUUUUUUUUUUUUUGUAUGGACUCCGAAG